AAGACGGUGUGAACUGUCAAGCGAACGAGGGGGGUCUGUAGCUCUUGUACAUCUCAGUUAUCAGUAUACUAGUACUAGUACUGCAUGUAGUGCAUGCAGCUGAUCGUGAUCCGCGAUUGGUUGAUAUGUCCGUUCAUCGCCGAUUGCUCCAAUUCCCGACUCGGCGGGAGUUGAUAGCUGCUUGAUAAGUAGAAGGGAUGGAUGGCAAUGGCGGUUGGAGAUAAUCUGGUAGAUGCGGGGAAGACUUCCCCGUUCCGGCGAUGGCUCACGAGGUUGUAUUUGAUGGGUACUACGUCGGUGAUGAUCCACGUACAUGUCAUCUUUCUGGUUGAUAUGGUGAAGAUAAUGCAUGUAGUAUGUCUGAUAAGACAUUGUUUCGGCGUGAGAUAUCCCUCGGAUAGUUUACUGUGUCAGAGGUUGGAACUUUACCUUGGUAAUGCCGAGGUCAGCACUGAGACUUUGAAUGAUCUGUUUAAGAUGUUAUCGUUGUUACUUGGAAGGCAGGUACUUUCAAUAUUGUUAGUGUGUAAUGUAGCUAGCUUUGGAUGGCUUACAUCAGGGGAAUUGUAUAUAACGAUGAGAAGUAUACAAGGUAGAUCAGACUGAGCAACGAUACGAGAAUACUAGAGACACUAGUUGAGAAAUCUGGGAUAUUGGGCAGCAAAAUUCCAGUAACGGUAACAUUUGAUAUGUUCAGCAAUAACUCUGGUCCGAAGUGAAAAGAAAUAAGCAAUAUAGGAAUAUCACGGAGUAUACAGC